AUGCAGCCUGAUCUGGACUCCGUGGAGACACCGGAGACGGCCAGCACCAUCCAGGAGGGUGGGGGCAAGAAGUGCCAUUUGAAGACUCGUUUGGGAUACCAGCCGCUGCACCGAGUGCUGAUCGACAACUGGCAGUCUGGGCUGACAGUGGCCAUGGUCAGUGUACCCUUGUCAAUUUCCUUGGGCAUUGCCUCUGUUUCUGGAGGUGACCCUGCAGCCCCUUUAAUGGGCGUGUCAACCGCGUUCUGGGGCGGCUUAUGUGCAUCCAUGUUCAGCUCCAGUGACUUCAACAUCAUCGGACCGGCGGGUGCAUUGAGUGGAAUGCUGAACAGUGCGACCAUUAAGUUUGGAGGGGCAGGUGUUCUGCCGUACCUCUCCCUCCUGUCCUCCGCCAUCAUCUUUUUGAUCUACUUGCUUGGUUUGCAACGCUAUUUGCUCCUCAUGCCCACUGCAGUCUUCGAGGGCUUUACCCUUGCAGUGGCAUUCAUCAUUGGGCUCGGCCAGCUGGAGAUGGCCUUGGACUUGAGUCCUGAUGGCCCCAAGUCAGAGCACUUCCACGAGAACGUGAUUCGGUCCAUUGAAGCUCUCCAUGGCUACAGUUUGGCUCCGGCGAUUCUCUUCUUCGUCGUCACCGCCUUGCUUCUGACCCUUGUCAAGUAUGCCGGGAAGAUCCGAGGCAGGUCGAUUCCAUGGACAGUGCUCAUCCCUUUGUUAACAAUUCUCUUGGGCUACCUGUCGGACCAUGAGAUGCUCUUCGGCAUCAUUCUCCCCACUUUGAAGGACAAGUACGGAACUCUGCAGGCAAGAAUUGUCGAGGUGCCGUCUGUGCCACUUGCAGAGUUUACAGCCGGAGAUGUGCUGGGCCUCCUGCGGACUGCCUUUGGCAUUGCCUUCGUGGCUAUCUUGGAGACCUUGAUCUCUGCCAAGAUUGCCGAGCAGAGAAUGAACUACCCCUUCGAAAGUGGCCGGGAGACCUUUGGGUUGAUGGUGUGCCAUGCAGUCUGCGGGGCCGUUGGGGCACUGCCGCCCACGGGCGUGUUCGUGCGGACGUCCUUGAACGUCCAGCUCGGAGCAACGCACAGGCUCUCGCAGUUCAUCAAUGCCGUUGCAGUCUUCCUGAUCUUUAUGGUGGCCAUGCCGGUCUUCUCAUAUUUGCCACAGGCCGCGGUGGCGGCGUUGCUGGUCUUUGCUUCCAUUCGCAUGGCCCCCGUUCACUACAUUGCCACUCUCUGGCGCACGGACAAGAGGAGCUGCUUCCUGCUGGUUCUCACAACCGCAAUCUGUGUCUUUGUGGAUCCCGUUUACGGCCUCAUCGUUGGCAUGGUUGUUGCUUUGCUGAGGGAUGCAGCCGAAACUGCACGAGCAGAAUCACGGGUGACCCUCGACAAGUCUGAGGUAGCGGUAAGUGACACUGGCACACCGCCGAGUCGUCAACAUGCCACCCUGUCGCAUUGGGCUACCGCCAGUUUCGAUGAUGGCGCAAAUUUGGCAGUCAAGCCUUCCCCGCUGACUCGAUUGAGACAGCUGGUCGAGUCCUUUGCCUGUGGCAAAUCCCCGGAGAAGAGCAGCAAUGCCUUGCACAAACAUGAGACCUUCCAAGGAGCGGUGAUCUACGAGCCCAUGGGGUCUGUGACCUUCCUGUGUGCGAGCAAGCACCUUUCACGCUUGCAAGCGUUGCUCGUCAAGAAGCCAACGAAGAUCAUCAUCUCCCUGGAGCAUGUCACCCGCAUAGACAUAGAUGGAUGUGACAGCCUUGCAAAAGCAGCCAAAGAAAUCAAGGAAGCAGGCUGCGAUGUCCGAUUAGUUGUGUCCGAGCUGCUGCUGCAGGGCACAAUCCUUCAGAAAGCGGCCUGGGUCGAGCACCUUCGGUCUGAAGGCUGCGUAUACAGCACAGUCGCAGAUGCAAAGCUUCAGAUGGCAGAUAUUUGA